AUAUUAAUAUUAGUGUUUUAACAAUUAAUAUUAAUUUUAAUGGUAUAACCCUAACACGGAAAGCCAAAUCAAAAAAAAGGAAAAAACAAAGAUUGAAAGAAUCGACCCAGAGAUUGAGAGCAGAUUUUUAUAGGAAAUCAAUUGUUACUCCUUCAAAGAUUGAAGGAAAGGCAUAGAGAAGGGCAGAGGAAGAGGACUCCACUUCACCCAUCGAUUUUCUUCAAAAGUCGAUACUUAAUUACUGCUUCAAAAAAACGAUUGAAGGGAAGGGCAUAAAGAGAGGGAGAGGAAGCAGAGCAAGAGGGCUGAUAUUAGCAUCGUCUAGUCAUAAUAAAACGCAUCAUAGCUUUUGUCUCCAUCACCAAUCCUCUCUCUGUGUUAUUCCAUCUCUCGACCGUUACCCUAUAAAGAUUAUCAACCGAGGAAGAAUUCCGUUCGAGUAUAGCUCCAACUUGCUUCUUUACCAUUGAAUAAACAAUUUCUUUACUCACAGUCACAGAAAAUGCCUAAAGUCAAAACAAACCGUGUCAAUUACCCAGAAGGGUGGGAAUUGAUUGAACCUACUCUCAGUGAGCUACAAGCCAAGAUGAGAGAAGCUGAGAAUGAUCCUCAUGACGGAAAGAGAAAAUGUGAGGCUUUGUGGCCUAUAUUCAAAAUAGCGCACCAGAAAAGCCGCUACAUUUAUGACCUUUACCAUCGGCGACAGGAGAUAUCUAAAGAAUUGUUUGAAUUCUGCCUUGACCAAGGUUUUGCUGACCGAAACCUCAUCGCGAAGUGGAAGAAGCCUGGUUAUGAACGCCUCUGCUGCUUAAGGUGCAUGCAGCCUCGAGAUCAUAACUUUGCGACUACGUGUGUUUGUCGAGUGCCGAAACACCUGAGAGAGGAGAAAGUGAUCGAAUGCGUGCAUUGUGGUUGUAAGGGAUGCGCCAGUGGAGAUUGAUUUGAUCAGCUUCUUCGGACUGUUUUAUAUAUGCCUCGAUUUCAAUAUCUCGCAAUAGGAAUGAAAAUUUCUAAAGGGUGAACUCCCCGAAAUAGAGAAGGGGAUUCAUUUGUGUAGAUUGUGGCUAAGAUAGUAGGCACUGGUGGAAGAAAUAUAAUUUUUAUUUUCUAAGCAAUCGACAUCUGAAAAAGCAUGUAGCAAAAGACACUUAGUAAAGUUUCAGGGAUCAGUUGGUUUAUGCAUAUAUUGAGAUAACAUAUUAAUAAUAAAUGCAAAAUCAGGUCUUGUAGAUGAACUGAAAA